UAUCUACAACCAUUUCAAAAUUCGAGCAGGCCCAGAAGGUUAUCUUUUUAACUCUUUCCGGUAUUUCCGAGAGGUUUUGAUAAAGUCCAGAUAAGUGAAUUGAUCUAUGAUUGCGAAGGAAGUUCUAUUACUUUUUGUUUUUUGUGGAGUGGAAUUUACCUCUGCCACAUCGGAACAAUGGGAAAAGAGAACGCAAUGCCGUAACCAAAAGGUAAUUUGUCCUUGCAAGGACAGGCGAGGAGUGGGUGGACAUGUGCUUGUGGUAACGUGUAAUGAUCAAAAGGAUCCAAAAAUUCCAGUUUGCCGAGGGAAAGCUUUAUACUCAGAGGAGUGUGGAAAAGUGUACUUUUCAUCAAAAAGGCACAGACGUGACACAGGAAAUUGUGAUAAUGGAAUCAUUCCGGGAUCCCCUCACCCCUCAGAUGAUGCAGACCCCUAUAUAAGUAUGACCUCUGGAUCUACCAUAACAAGAGAUGUGGAUGGCAGCCACAGAUUUAAAUGCAAUGUCUAUUCAAAUUUUGCGGCAAAUGUAACAUGGCUGAUUAAUGGCAUACUUAUUUCUCUGGAUUCCAAACUGAAAAGGGAGAAAUACAAAUUUGGAUCCUGCAAACGAAGUCUACAUGUCACACAAAUUUUAGAAGAGGAUGCAGGAAACUACACAUGUGUUGUGACAAAUGAGAAGGGGAAAAGUUAUUCAGCUACAGCUAAGUUGAUUGUCAAGGUACCAAGUGGCCCAGUUAUAGAGUAUGCAAAACUUGAUGGUUUGGACACAGCUUACAUUGGAACCACAGUCAACAUAACUUGUAAAAUCCAAGGCUUUGAUGGUGUAAUUGGCUAUUUCUUGAAGAAUGACAUGAUGGUAAUGGAGGAUGAUGAACUACAGAAGUAUGAAUAUUUCAAGCCAAGAGUAAUAGUUACACCUCCCAACUAUGUUUUCCAUCUGGAAAUUAAGAAUGUCACCAUGGAAGAUGCAGGAAACUACACAUGUAAAGCUUCCAAAUAUGGACUGAAAUCAACAAAAACAUUUCUUCUUGAAGUUGGACCAUGUCCAGCGGGUUUUUAUUGCCCUCCAGGAAGACGUGAUCGCAUUCCAUGCCCUCAGGGAACAUACCAGCCAAACAUUAGCCAGACAUCUGAACAGGCCUGUAAACCAUGUCCUUUCCUUACCAACUCAUCAAAGAAUCCAAGUGGUAUACAACCAAAUGUAUAUGAAGCUGACUGUCCAGGAGAAGAUCCAAGUACUACAAAGUUGACUGCAACAUCACAAGCUGUCACCAAGAUUGCCACGACAAACAUGGCUGCAACAUCACAAGAUGUCAGUCAGAUUGUCAUGAUAGGCAUCGCUUGUGCUUUUUUUAUUAUCAUAGUUGUAGUGCCUCUAUCAUUAUUUAUUGCGAAGAAAAAACGUUGGCUGUGGUUCUCUUCCUCAAGACACAGCCAUAAUCCAAAGUGUUUCCCUUGCCAGCCAAUGUUAGAUGAGAAUGGAGAUAUAGAGAAUGCUGAGUGUGCUGAAGUUUUGAAACAGUUGCCAGAAAUAGAUUAUGAACCAAGGCAUGACGUGUUUAUAUGCUACUGUUACAAAGAUGUUGGCUGGGUGAAAGAACUUCAUGCUGAGCUUGAAAACCGAGGUUUCAAGUGCUGUAUUGAUUUUAAGAAUUUUGCUAUUGGAGCACCAAUAAUGGAAAAUAUCACUGAAGCAAUUUGCUACAGUAAAAAAACAAUUGCAGUACUUUCCCCAGAUUUCAUCAAGAGUGAUUGGUGUACACAUGAGCUACACAAGGCGCUUGCCAGGGUGCGAUAUCAUCAGGUUGUACCAGUUAUGUACAAGAACUGUGAAAUACCAUUUGCGCUUCAAGACACAACCUACCUGGAAUGGGAAAACUGCAAUGUGAAACCUUACUUCUGGGAACAGCUUGAAAAAGCUUUAAGGAAACCAAAUGGCGAGGCUUACAACAGGAGACAGCUCCAAAAUGGAAGUCAAAGCUCCAUGGUCUCUGUCAGUCUCUAAAUGGCAGAGUCAGGUACCAGUAGGUAUCUUUUGGACCAGGUGACUAAUUUUUCUCUAAAAGAUGUUUAACACCAUGGUCAAGUCAUUGUUUGGAAUCACAGAAAGGGAUACACAUUUUUUAACAGAGGAGAUAAAUUUAUUUGGUUUUUUUGAUGCUCACUUUUCAUUUAAGUUACAGUUGGGUGGUAAUUGAGGAGAUACUGUAGGUUUCUUAGUUUUGGACUUGGACAUGCCCAGUAAUGAAAACAUUAUUCCAUUGCAUUGGAACUAACAGAUCAUAGUUCAUUUGUUUAUUUAUUUUGUGAUGGAACUCCAAAUGCACAGUAGUAUUGUUUUUAUCUUUAAUCUAGGCUCGCUGUUCACAUCAGUCCCCCUACUUGACAACUGUGACCUAAGUCUUGGCUUUCGAUCAACAGCUCCCAUUACAGUGGUCACAUAAAACAGUAAAAUGAAUUGUAUCUCAAGACCAAUUGGAUGUGGGCUGAAUUAGAUUAUUUAUUUUCAAUUUCUAUGCAUGAUAGUUUAUUUAAGUUUGUCCUCACCAACCAUCAAGCAAUAUAAAUCACUAGCCAACAAUCUACAUUUUCACAGAAAAAGUUCACAUUUAGAGUUAAUAAAAUUUUUAUAGAUAGCUUUUAUAAAUAGAUUUCAAGGAGAAAGUUAAGUUUAUCGUGCUUGUUUCCGAAGGCCAAAACAAAUUCUACAGUAUUCCAAACAGUUCUCAUUUUUUUGUUGACAAUAUUAAAAAGCAAAAACUUAACAGAUGUCCUUUCAACCUGACAAGAAAAAUGAAAUUUGACAACAUUUUUGUACAUUAUUCAUUAAAUUCUUAAUUUUUAUUAAGCCAGUUUUCACUUUACCCUCAUCAAUUGUCAAACAAUGGAAAUCAGGUGAUAAUCAAAUUGUUUAACAGUACUUUUAAAAUUAACUUUUCUAGAAUUUGUAAAACUUGUAUAGCAAAUGUUAAAUUAGAAAAAUGAGACAUUAUAAGAAGAAAGUUAAAUUUACUGAGCUUGUAAAGUUACAGUAAUCUUUUGUGUAUUUAACAAAUUAAACAUUAAAGUUAAUGUAAAACCA